ACGACAGACGUCGCGGCGUCGCAGCCGUCCGCCACCUGAAAACGACACACGCAGACACGCGCACGCUCGAAAAUCCUCGACCGGGCCCACGGACCGCAAAAAUCGCACACCGACCAAGCCGUCGGGAUGAUCCGUCACGUAUGCCAAAUAGGUUUCCUCCUCGUGUCUGUGUCAGUGUUCGCGCGUCAAGGCACCGGUUGCGCGUUCUGCGAGCCGCUCUCGCAGCAACAGUCCCAGCUACGCCAGCUAGAGCAGCUGUCCCAGCACCAGGGAUACAGGACGAUCGGCAGCCCUAGGCCUUUCGGCGCCGAGCGUCCCACAAGGGUGGAGGAGUUCAACAGGACCGGCGUGCUCCACCCCGAGUACCAGAUACCGGCCACCCUUCGACCCGGCAAUGUAUCUCAGUUCUAUUACCUGAGUCCACGCGAAGGUCCACCCCUAACGUUGCUCGUUAGCCCUUGUAGCGGACCAAUAUCAUGGACGGUUAGUUACGUCGAACCACCUGAAAACACCGAAGAGUCCGAGGGAGCAAAAUCGCAAACACGAUGGCCGGUGAAGACUCUGAAGCCAGGCUCCCCUCUUUUUACGUACCAGGGCGCGGAGGAUCAAAAUUUUACGAUACCGAAGACACGUGCCGGACUUUAUUGGUUCGAAAUUAAAUCCGUGGACCCUCCCGACGCCAAUUUGCAAAAAUUAAUACCGAGCACGGUGCUUCUGUACGCGACGUCCAGCGGUUUGGAUCAUAUUCCCGAGUGGUACAUGAACGAAAGAGAAAGUCGCCACCGUUCAUUGAGAUUUCAACAGCGGAGAAGUAAACGUCGACUCACCAUCUCUUGGAACAAAAGCAAUAUCGACCCUCACCUGUCACGCUACUGUUUAGCGGUGACAUCGGGUUCUCAACCUCACCCGUUAACUCUUUGCGCGGCGCAGAACAUUCUCCAUGUUCACGCACAUCCGACGAAGGGCAGUUCUUCCUCCAAGGAACAACAACACCGCGGUGUUCCGGAAGGACUUCACUGCGUGCGUCAAACGAAAUUGACGCUGCACAGGAUGAAGUACGAUACUACGUACAAUUUCACGUUAUACGUGGUAAAUACACGGAAUAACGUUUCAAAUCGGGUAGCCACUGAUACCAUACGAUUUCGUAAAACUCCAGAGUUAAUUUUACGCACUGGGGGUUAUACCACGGCCAGUUUACGCAAGACCGAUGGAUUUGUCAACUUCAGAUAUCGUCCACCGGAAAAUACAUCGAGUACCUUCCAUAUUUUAGCGUGCGGCGGUGGCAUUGUCAAAGCGAAAUUAACUGCGCCAGGAAUUUUAAGGGAAAAAGAAGUAGUAGGAUAUGCAUCAUUAAGGGUGCCACCCUUAACUUCAGGAAAAGCAUACACAUUGCGGAUAUCCGCUACACCGCAGGAGUUAGCACGAGUGUUUGCCAUUAAGGUAUUAGCUACCCAAGAAUCAUCGACGAUAUUCCCACAGAUACCAUCCAGAAGCGCACCGCGAGAGUAUAGAUCCCUGAGGACCUGUCACGGGGUAACCGUAGGGGUGGAAUCGGCGGGCGCAGCGAAGUAUUGCAUUCUGGCGCGGGAAUUAAGAAGUUCAACGUCGUUGGCCAGUGUAACCACGAUUCCGGACCAAUGUGGUCUUCAUCGUCGACGACGUUCCGAGUAUAUAUUCGAAGUGUGCGAAGAGAAGCUAAGCCCGCCAAAAGACCGCGCACUACCCUUCACCUUAACGCGCAUGCAGCCAGGCAAGGCUUACCUCUUACAAAUCACUGCGCAGCUGAAAGGUCAAUCGUUGUCCUAUCCGUUACUAGGGGUACGCACUCGACGUACUUGUAUACAUCGCACGAACAGUUCCCAUGAAAUAAAUAAAAAUAACCAAUGA